AUGGCAAUGGUGAUAGUUUUCUCACCUGACGCCACAUUGUCUGUGACCCAGCUCCAGACUGAGGAAAACCGGGAAAACCCGGCGACCCAUUUAUUGCCCGCUCGCAGCGACCACGUGACAGUCAAUCUGCGCAUUUUUUUUUUUAACUUUUUACACUCUGUUUAUUUCUCUUUCAUUCUUUUUUUUCUCUUUCUGCGUUCCCUUGCUUCUCUCCCAAUUUCUCUGCCACUUAUCUCUUUUCUCCUUUUUUUUCCUUCUCUUGCUCACCCAUUUUGCUUCAAUUCUCCCACCUGUCCAUUUUGUUUCUCUUCCCCCGCACUUGUCCAUUUUACUCCCCCUUACCUAUCUAUUUCGUUUGUCUUCCCCUAUCUGUCCAUUGUGUCUCUUUUCCCCCUAUCUGUCCAUUUUGUUUCCUUUACCCCCGCCUGUCCAUUUUGUCUCUCUUCCCCUCUAUCUGUCCAUUUUGUCUCUUUCCCCCUAUCUGUCCAUUUUGUCUCUCUUCCCUCCUAUCUUUCCAUUUUGUUUCCUUUACACCCGCCUGUCCAUUUUGUCUCUCUCCCCCCAAAUAUCCAUUUUGUUUCUCUUCCCCUACGUGUAUAUUUUGUCUCUCUUUUCCCCGUCUGUCCAUUUUGUCUCUCUUCCUCCCUACCUGUACUUUCUGUUUCUCUACCACACACCUGUCCAUUUUUUCUUACCCCACCUGUCCAUUUUGUUUCUCUUGCCCCAUCUGUCCAUUUUUUCUUCCCCUCACCUGUUCAUUUUGUUUCCCCCCCCAACUUGUUCAUAUUUUUCUCCCCCCCUUAUCCAUUUUGCUUCUCUUCCCUCCACCUGUCCAUUUUGUUUCUCUUCCUACCUGUCCAUUAUGUUUCACUUUCCCGUCACCAUUCAAUUUUGAUUCACUUCCCCCACCUGUUCAUUUUGUUUUUCUUCUCUCCACUUCUCAUUUUUGAUUCACUCCCCAUUUUGUUUCUCAUCCCGGCUUUUCUUUCCUUCUUUUUGAUACUUUAUCUUUUCCUUUCUUGCUCUUUUCCUUUCUCUCUCUCACCUUCAAUUUCAUUUAAUUUCUUCAUUCUUUCUCUCUCUUUAAUGCCAUCUUUCUCUUCCCCCUUUUUUCUAUUUUCUCGAUCUCUUUCUAUUUUCCCCUUUUGUUAUGAUGUUCCUACACAACACCUUUCUUUCUCUUCCUCUGUAUUUUACAUCUUCCUUUUUCUCUCUCUUUCUCUUCCUCUCUCUAUAACUCACAAUUCUUUCUUUUCUUUUUUCUUUUUUACUCUUCUUCCUUUAUUUUUGCCUAACUGCUUACCUUUCUGUGCCUUUCUCUCUCCCAUUUUUCUUCUAUUAUUCUUUCUCUUUCAUUUACAGAUCACUACCGCCAUAUUUGCUGGCUUAGGUAUAGUGACAUCGAGAGGGUUCGGUUUUCGACGCCUUUUUUUCUCUUUCUUUUAA